CUUCCUGGAAUAGCCAGAACACUUGUGGUCUAUUUCACAGUUAGUGUUUAACAAAUACCAGUCUCUACGGGAUGGGCCAAGUUGAUAGAAGAAAGACUGCUAGCCCAAGACUCUGAAAACCAAUUCUGCAGGGCGACUCCCUGGCUUCUAGGAGAAAGGGAAGGAGAGCAGUGGGCCAGUGGCAUAGCACCGAGACAAGAUGGAAUCUGGCUUUACCUCCAAGGAUACUUAUCUAAGCCAUUUUAAUCCUCGGGAUUACCUGGAGAACUAUUACAGCUUUGGGUCCAGACACUGUGCAGAAAAUGAGAUUCUGAAGCACCUUCUGAAAAGCCUUUUUAAGAUAUUCUGCCUGGGUGGUGUGAAAGGAGACCUCCUGAUCGACAUUGGCUCUGGUCCCACCAUCUACCAACUUCUCUCUGCCUGUGAGUCCUUCAGGGAAAUCAUUGCCACUGACUACACAGACCAGAACCUUCAGGAGUUGCAGAAAUGGCUGAAGAAGGAGCCAGGGGCCUUUGACUGGUCUCCAGUGGUCACCUAUGUGUGUGAUCUUGAAGGAAACAGUGCUGGGUGGUGUAUGUUUUUCAGAAUCAAGGGACCCGAGAAGGAGGAGAAGUUGAGGCAGGCAGUCAAGCAGGUGUUGAAGUGCGAUGUGACUCAGAGCCAGCCUCUGGGUGGAGUGCCCCUGCCCCCUGCUGACUGCCUGCUCAGCACACUGUGUCUGGAUGCUGCCUGCCCUGACCUCUCCACCUACUGCACUGCCCUCAGGAACAUGGGCAGCCUUCUCAAGCCCAGGGGCUUCCUGGUGAUCCUGGAUGCCCUGAAGAGCAGCUACUACAUGAUUGGUGAGCAGAGGUUCUCCAGCCUCUCCCUGGGCAAGGAAGCCGUGCAAGCUGCCGUGGAAGAGGCUGGCUACAGCAUCGAGCGGUUUGAGGUGAUCUCUCAAAAUUAUUCUUCCACCAUAGCCAACAAUGAAGGACUUUUCUCCCUGGUGGGACGCAAGAUGGUCAGAUCUGUAUGACGUUCUGUGAUCUCAAUUAAAGCAGUCCCUCUGGCUUACUGGUUCAUUUCA